GACCAACCGUAGCAUCCAAAACCCGGAAGUGACACGUGGCAGUUGUCUUGCGCAACUUCCGGCGGGGCUUCCUUCGGAAACUGACGCGGAAGUGCUGGGGAGCGCCAGCUGGUUGUAGGUCCCUUCCAUGCCCUCCGCGGGCCGAAGCCCCCGAGCUGGGGCCGGAUCAUGAGCCUGCUGGGCGGCCUGGCUUCCGAGCCGCGCACCCCGCUGUCCAAGGCCAGGAUGAAAAGGCUCCCGAAGAAGAGCCAGAACGAGAAGUACCGGUUGAAGUACCUGCGGCUGCGCAAAGCGGCCAAGGCCACCGUGUUUGAAAAUGCUGCUAUUUGUGAUGAAAUUGCUCGUCUUGAGGAAAAAUUCCUUAAAGCAAAAGAAGAAAGAAGAUACUUGCUGAAGAAGCUCCUCCAGCUUCAGGCUCUAACUGAAGGGGAACCACAGGUGCCAGCUCCUUCCCACAGCUCCAGCUUGCCCCUGGCUUAUGGUGUGGCCAGCUCGGUGGGAACUCUCCAGGGAGCUGGGCCCAGCACUGGGGCUGAGGAACCAUUUGGGAAGAAAUCCAAGAAGGAGAAAAAGGAAAGGGGCAAAGAGAACAGCAGACUGGAAGUUCUGAAGAAAACAUCCAAGAAAAAGAAAAUGGAGGGAGGUGCUCGCCAGCUGGUUCGGCCCAUUGCCCUGGAUCCCUCAGGACGGCCUGUGUUCCCCAUCGGACUAGGGGGUCUAACAGUAUAUAGCCUGGGGGAGAUCAUCACCAACCGACCUGGCUUCCAUGAUGAGAGUGCCAUCUACCCUGUGGGCUACUGCAGUACUCGAGUGUUCGCCAGCAUGAAGUGUCCAGAGCAGAAGUGUCUGUAUACCUGUCAAGUCAAGGACGGGGGUGUGCAGCCGCAGUUUGAAAUUGUUCCUGAAGAUGACCCCCAGAAUACCAUCGUCGGCUCUUCUGCAGAUGCCUGUUAUGAAGAACUGGUCAGGACCAUCAGUUCUGCAACGGGGAAACUGAUGCCUAACCUGCUUUCAUGUGGUGCUGAGUUCUUUGGGUUUUCUCAUCCAAUCGUCCACAACCUGAUUCAGAGUUGUCCAGAAGCUCAAAACUGUGUCAAUUAUCAGUGGGUGAAGUUUGAUGCCUGCAAACCCAGGAAGGGGCAACUGUCCCAGGAGCUUCCAGAGAACAAUGCAGCUAUGAGCCUUGAAGCCUUUGAGACACAGACUUUUGAUGAUGACCAUGAGGAUUCUAUUCUACCAGGAUCGCUGGACCUCCCUGAGCUUCAGCAUGAAGCCUUUGUGUCAUCUUACCAGCCAGAGUUCCUGACACAUGAGCCCUUGGGAGACACUGACCUGCAGCCCCUGAAGUCCCCAUCACAGUGCAGCCCAAUGCAGCCUUCAGACUGAAGAGGGUAGAGCCUGCGUCCUUCUCUCAUCACGAGAUUUUAACUUCAACUAAAACUUACUCAUGUAGAAGAAGGCAGCAGUCGAGAAGCAGAGACGAUAUUAACACAUUUCAUCGUGGAUGCUCCCAUGCUGACAGUGUACACCAGAAUACACUUCAGCUGCUUUUAUUUUUAGUAAUAAAUAUCUCUUGACAGUUCUGCUUAUUUUUAUCUUUUUGUAGUCAGGAUAGGAUCAUUUUUGCUUAGCUCUCUCCCUGAAGUGAACUUAAUCUUUAGAAACACGCUUAGUCUCUUUGGGCUGCUGUAACAAAAUACCAUAAACUAGGUAGCUUAUAAACAACAAAUUUAUUUCUCACAGUUUGGGAACCUGGGAAGUCAAAGCUCAAGAUGCCUGGUGAUGGCUUGCCCCUGGUGAUAGCUUGCCCCCUGGUUCUUAGCUAGCUGCCUUGCUAUCACUGCAUGUGGAAGGGGAGUUACCAGGUCCCUUUUUUAGGGCAUUAGUUCUAUGCAGAGCCAUUUUAACCUAAUCUCCUCCCUAAGCCUGUAACUAUAACAUCAGGGAGGGAUUCGGAUUAACAAUGUGAGUUCAUGGCACCUACUGAUUCAUGAGGUAAACAGAGAUUCUAACAGCUUGAUAACACUAAAUUCUAAUCUUGUUAGGAAUAUUGGGUCACCAGCCCCUAUAACCCAGGCCCCAGCUUUAUUUUCUCGUCAAUAUCAGUAGAACAAGUUCUCUGCUUAUCUCCAAACUGGGAACUCAUAUAUUUGUUCAUCUUCCUUGUCAAAUUUUGCACAUCUUUUGAGGGGAUAAAGUCCUCUCUCAGUUCCUUGCUAAAGAAUAUACUUGUACCCAAUAUGAACACAAGUUCAGCUAUGACAUAAGGAUUAGUUGCCGCCCUCCAUGGACUAACAACUGUCUUUUCAUUUUUACUGUAUUCUAUUGGACUUUUGGAACUCUACAUAUAGCAUUAAAGUCAGGAGAGGGGUGCCUUUCUGUGCCACCUACUUCUCAGUGCACCACAUUACUUGGGCCCAAGUUCAUAGCUUCCUGUCUACGAGACUGGAAGAGGAGAGAACAUGAGUAACACUGGUCUUGAUUUUGUCAUUACUGGAGCAUGCUCCUUUUACCAUAUAAAAAUAUCAGUUCAUUGGAUUACAACCUGAAUAAAGACAAAGUUUCAUUAA